CCUUUAUGUUUUCACACAACAAGGACUCGUUUGAGAUAUUGAAUAUUAGUAGAAAUGCAUCGAAUGCAGAGAUAAAGAAGAAGUACAAAGAAUUAGCCAAAGUAUAUCAUCCAGACAAUACAAUAACUGGAGAUAUCCAAAAAUUUCAAGAGAUAGUGAAAGCAUAUGAGCUAUUAAUGAAGCCAAAAGCGCAGCCGAUUCAAUACUACUAUGCUCAAGACCCUAUAUACUAUCAAGGAAAAUGGUCAUCACAUACUAAUACAAGAUUUGUAAAGAAUACGACAUUCAUGUCUUUACUAGCAGGAUGUGUCUUGGUGAUCAGUACAGUCCAUUUCUUUUACUUUCAAUCAUCACAUGCAAAUUUACGUUAUGCAGCUGAUCAGCAUCAUUUGAGAUCAACUAUCGACUUGAAAAGGGCAAGGACAGAGGCUAAGUUAUUUGGUAACGAAAAUGGUAUCAAGCGAGUAUUGAACCACCGUCUGAAUGAAUUUAGAAAACAAGAAUAA